UAGUGGUGGAAGCAAGCAAAACCAUCAUUAAUCAAAAAGAAAAAGAAAAAUUCUAACAUGGCAAAGCGACAACUUGCCUCUGAUCUUCAUCUUGAGGAUGAUCUAACCAGCCUAAUGAUUCCAAAAAACAAAAAACAGAAAUGGGAUCAUCAUCAUCAUCGUCGCAUUGCUUCUGCGAGAUCUGUACAGAAAAGAAGCCAACUGAGGAGAUGUUCAAUAACAACAACAGCUGUGUUUACUCUUUCUGCUCCGACUGUAUCAUUAAACACAUCACCAUCAAAGUUCAACACAACAACUUCAUCAACAACAACGAGGUUUCUUGUCCCGGUGUCGACUGCGUCGACCAUGUCCUUGAGCUCGAAGCUUGCUCUUCCUUUCUUCCGAAAGAAGUUAUCGAGAAAUGGAACGAGGCUCUUUGCGAAUACUCGAUACUCGGUUCCAACAAAUUUUACUGCCCCUUCAAGGAUUGUUCGGCGACGUUGAUCGAUGACGGCGACGAAGGAGAAGUUAUAAGGCAGAGUGAGUGUCCGAUAUGCCAUAGAUUGUUCUGCGCAAGGUGCUAUGUUCCUUGGCAUUCAGGGGUGGACUGCGAGGAGUUUCAGAGGAUGAAUGAAGAUGAGAGAGGGAGAGAAGAUCUUAUGGUUAAAGAGCUUGCUGAAGAGAAGAAAUGGAAGAGGUGCCCUCGCUGUAAAUAUUAUGUGGAAAAGACUGAAGGUUGUUUGCAUAUUACUUGCAGGUGCAGUUUCCAGUUUUGCUAUGGAUGUGGAUUAGAAUGGAAUCAAACUCAUGCCAGUUGCAAGAGAAAUUAAUAAAUUUGUUCUAGGCUUCUUAUAAUAAGGAAUAUAUUGUGGUCGUUAUAUGAUUAUUGAACUAGUAUAUGUGCAUAUAUAUAUAUAUAUAUAGACCUAAUUAAUGUUGUGAAUUUUUAAGAGAGAGAAGUGUCUGUAUCAAGAUGUGUGUGUACUCUAAAUGAUGCAAAAUGACUUCUUAUAAUUGCAUGUAUAAGUAGGACUUAAGAUUGUAUGAGGAAAUCCAAUUAGUAAUUACAGUAUAUUAUGCUUCAAUA